AUGGAGCGCUUACUCGACCGCAUGCGCGCGCAGAGUCACGACCUUGGCACAAAACUACGCCUGUCAAGAUUUAGGAGACACAAACAUACUGGCCAAGCCCAACCUAGAACCAGACCGCAGUCGGAGUCAAAGGCGCAUUCUAUUCUUUCCGAACAUACCGGCCAGGCUGAGACGACGCAUUCGAACCCUCACACAAUACACGAAGCUCUUCAAUACGACCCAUUACCUCGAGGUCGAACCAUUCGAGUCAUCGACUUAGCUCCCGGCACCUGGGACGAGCCUGUGACUUGCUCUUUGAGGACCGUCCACUUAGACGACGACGACCUUCGCUACGAAGCCAUCUCCUAUGCUUGGGGUGACCUCAACGAUCGCAAAACUGUCGUUUGCAACGGACAUGUCGUUAGCACCACCCGCAGUCUGCUCGAGGCUUUGCAGCGCUUCCGAUGCGCCGAUACUACGAGAACGCUUUGGGCCGACGAGCUCUGCAUAAACCAGGCCGAUAACGAGGAGAGGACCGCGCAGGUGCAGCGUAUGCUCUACAUCUACUCAGGAGCCGUUCGCGUGCUCGUGUGGCUGCAACACGAAGACGAUCAAGUAGUUCAAGAUUCACUUGAUGCCAUAUGCCAAUUCGUAUGCAAGGAAAAUGGCUUUACCCGAUUCGGAUAUACUGCGUCAGCAGGGAAUAUCCACCCGUUAACGAUUCUGCUGCGAUGGACGCCCUACGUCGUAUAUGCGCCUCAACCUGGUUCAGGCGAGAAUGCGUGGUUCAGGAGGUGGCUGUAA